AUGCGGCAAGAACAAUCUAUUCAUGAUUCAUUUGAGAAACAAUCUAGUAAAGAUAAGCAUCGAUAUCGCAUUCCAUUGACAGCUUUGAUUGAUGAAGCAAGGCUUCUCGUGAGUCAAGGAUUGGCAUUUCGGGGUCAUGAUGAAUCUAAGUCAUCAUUUAACAGAGAAAUUGUGAUUGCUUGCAAGAUUGAAACAAUUAAGGGUAUCAUAAAGGAAAUAAAUGGUGACUAUUUUUCUUUAUUGGUUGAUGAAUCUUUUGAUAUCUCACGCAAGGAGCAAAUGGUAGUUGUUUUACGAUAUGUUGAUGAUAAAAGAUUUGUGAUGAAGAGACUUCUUGAUAUUGUUCAUUGCUACAAUGGAGCAAGCAAUAUGCAAGGUGAUAUCAACGGUCCUAAGAUGUUGAUUAAGAAAGAAAGUAAAUCGGCUUAUUCUACUCAUUGUUUUGCUCAUCAACUUCAAUUGACUCUUGUUGGUGUUUCUAAAAGAUGUCUUCAAGUAGGAGAACUUGUGCACUUGGUUUCAGAUACUUUUAAGGUGUUGUGA